AUGGCGCAAGCAGGUCCUAUCACGGACGUCACUUCACGGCUCUUCGUCGAACUGAAGUCGAAGAAUGAGGAGGCACGAGUGAGAGCUGCAUACGAUCUGUACGAUAACGUCCUUGCCAUCUCAAGAGACUGGUCCCCCGAAAAGUUCCUCGAGUUCUACAAUGCUGUCAGUCAACGUAUCGCGCAGCUCGUCGUCACGGGCAGCGACACCAACGAAAGAAUCGGCGGUUUGCUCGCUCUCGAUCGUGUAAUCGAUUUCGAUGGUGUCGACGCCGCUCAGAAAACGACUCGAUUCGCCAGCUAUCUGCGCAGCGCGCUUAGAAGCAACGAUACCCUGGUGCUGACGUAUGCGGCCAGGGCGUUGGGCCGUUUAGCCAAGCCAGGCGGAGCUCUCACUGCGGAGUUGGUCGAGAGUGAAAUCCAGUCGGCUCUGGAGUGGCUUCAGUCUGAACGACAGGAAAGCAGACGUUUCGCGGCAAUACUCGUGAUGCGGGAACUGGCGAAAGGCUCGCCGACUCUUCUCUAUGGCUUUGUUCCGCAGAUUUUUGAGCUCAUCUGGGUCGCCCUGCGGGACCCCAAGGUGCUUAUCCGGGAGACGGCGGCGGAAGCAGUCAGCGAGUGCUUCGAGAUUAUCGCGGCGCGAGACAUACAGGUCCGACAGUUGUGGUUUGCACGAAUCUACGAAGAGGCGUUGCUGGGGCUGAAGUCGAACCAUGUGGACUGGAUUCAUGGGUCGCUUUUGGUCCUCAAAGAGCUUCUGCUGAAGGGUGCCAUGUUCAUGAAUGAACACUACCGAAAUGCGUGCGAAAUCGUUCUCCGUCUAAAGGAUCAUCGUGAUCCUAAAAUCCGCACCCAAGUCGUCUUGACGAUCCCCAUCCUCGCAUCCUACGCCCCCGUUGACUUUACCGAAAUUUACCUCCAUCGAUUCAUGAUUUACCUACAAGCACAGCUCAAACGGGAUAAGGAACGGAAUUCAGCGUUCAUUGCUAUUGGAAAGAUUGCCAAUGCGGUCGGGGUGGUAAUCGCGCAGUACCUCGAUGGAAUAAUCAUAUAUAUUCGAGAAGGACUGGCCAUGAAAGCACGUAACCGAUCUGCGGUCAAUGAAGCACCGAUGUUUGAAUGUAUCAGCAUGCUGUCACUCGCUGUCGGACAAGCGCUUAGCAAAUACAUGGAAGCGUUGCUUGACCCAAUCUUUGCAUGUGGGUUGAGCGAGUCACUGACACAAGCCCUUGUGGACAUGGCCCAUUAUAUCCCACCCAUUAAGCCCACAAUCCAAGAGAAGCUGCUGGACAUGCUGAGUAUCAUCCUCUGCGGAACGCCGUUUAGGCCUCUUGGAUGCCCGGAAAAUAGACUUCCACCUAUGCCCUCAUUUGCAAAGGACUUUGCUCCCCAAGAGCUGCACUCCGACUCAGAAAUUGCUCUGGCUCUCCAUACCUUGGGAAGCUUUGAUUUCUCUGGCCACAUCCUGAAUGAAUUUGUGCGGGAUGUCGCCAUUAACUACGUGGAGAAUGACAACCCGGAAAUCCGGAAAGCCUCUGCGCUCACUUGCUGCCAACUAUUUGUCCACGACCCCAUCAUCAACCAAACCAGCAGUCAUUCAAUCCAGGUUGUUAGUGAGGUGAUUGACAAGCUCCUAACUGUUGGCAUUGGGGAUCCUGGCCCAGAAAUCCGGCGUACCGUGUUAUGGUCGUUGGACCGGAAAUUUGACCGUCAUCUGGCGAGGCCUGAGAACAUCCGGUGUUUAUUCUUGGCCGUCAACGAUGAGACAUUCUCUGUUAGAGAAGCUGCGAUUUGUAUAAUCGGACGGCUUUCCAGCGUCAAUCCGGCUUAUGUUUUCCCGCCAUUGCGGAAGCUGCUUGUCAACCUCUUAACCGGCCUUGGGUUUGCCAGUACAGCUCGCCAAAAGGAAGAGAGUGCCCGGCUAAUCAGCCUAUUUGUCUCGAAUGCAACGAAACUGAUUAGGUCGUAUGUCGACCCUAUGGUGACUACUCUGCUUCUCAAGGCGACGGAUGCCAACCCGGGAGUUGUCUCGACAACGUUGAAAGCAGUAGGUGAACUUGCGAACGUCGGGGGAGGUGAAAUGAACCAUUACCUGCCACAGCUGAUGCCGAUUAUCUUGGAUUCACUCCAAGAUCUAUCUUCACAUGCAAAGCGGGAAUCGGCGUUGCGAACGCUUGGUCAAUUAGCCAGUAACUCUGGCUACGUGAUAGACCCAUAUAUCGAGUAUCCUCAUCUCCUCGCUGUACUCAUCAAUAUCAUCAAGACGGAACAGACUGGGUCUCUCCGUAAGGAGACCAUCAAACUCCUGGGAAUCCUUGGUGCCCUUGAUCCAUACAAGUAUCAGCAAAUCAGCGAAGAUGCGCCAGACAUCCAUCACAUCAACGAGGUGCAGCAGGUUUCCGAUGUUGCCCUGAUCAUGCAAGGACUCACGCCGUCUAAUGAAGAGUACUAUCCCACGGUUGUUAUCAACAUCCUCAUGCAGAACAUCCUGCGGGAGAAUUCUCUGGCUCAGUAUCAUUCUGCGGUAAUUGAUGCAAUUGUUACCAUCUUCAAGACCCUGGGAUUGAAAUGUGUUCCCUUCCUGGGGCAGAUUAUCCCUGGCUUCAUAGCAGUCAUCAGAGGAUUCCCCCAUAGCCGUCUCGAAUCAUAUUUCAACCAAAUGGCCAUUUUGGUUAACAUUGUACGGCAACAUAUCCGUGCCUUCCUACCGGGAAUCAUUGAUGUUAUUCGUGAUUUCUGGGAAACAUCCUACCCAGUACAGGCUACGAUUCUGUCCCUCAUGGAGGCCAUUGCAUUGUCCUUGGAAGGCGAGUUUAAAAAAUAUCUCGCUAGCCUUGUCCCACCCAUGUUGGAUACCCUCGAUAAUGACAUCACGCCGCUUCGUCAGCCGUCAGAGAGAAUUCUUCAUUCCUUCUUGAUCUUUGGAUCGAGCGGGGAAGAGUAUAUGCAUUUGAUUGUUCCGUCCAUUGUCCGCCUGUUUGACGGGACUCAAAAUCCACCAAGUAUCCGAAAGUCUGCUAUUGAAAGCCUUACAAAACUCUCGCGUCAGGUCAAUGUUUCUGACUUCGCCUCUCUGAUGGUUCAUUCGUUGUCCCGAGUUGUUGGUGCCAGUGAACGUUCCUUGCGCCAACCUGCAAUGGACUGUAUUUGCGCUCUCAUCUUCCAGCUCGGACAGGACUUUACUCAUUAUAUUCAUCUUCUGAAUAGGGUUUUGAAGACUAACCAGAUCACCCACGUCAACUACCAGAUCCUGGUGACAAAAUUGCAAAAGGGAGACCUACUCCCGCAAGAUCUGAACCCUGACGAGAACUACGCGACCCUAGGAGAUGACACAAGUUUCGCUGAAAUCGGCCAAAAGAAAAUGGUGGUUAACCAGCAGCAUCUCAAGAAUGCCUGGGAUGCAUCUCAGAAGUCGACACGCGAGGACUGGCAGGAAUGGAUCCGUCGUUUCAGUGUUGAACUUCUAAAGGAGUCGCCUUCCCCUGCACUCCGCGCGUGCGCCAGUUUGGCCGGUAUAUACCAGCCACUCGCAAGAGAUCUGUUCAACGCUGCCUUCGUGUCGUGUUGGACCGAGUUGUAUGACCAAUACCAAGAAGAGUUGGUCCGGUCGAUUGAGAAGGCGCUCACCUCUCCGAACAUUCCACCUGAGAUUCUUCAAAUUCUUCUCAAUCUCGCCGAGUUCAUGGAACAUGAUGACAAGGCGCUGCCGAUUGAUAUUCGUACGUUAGGCAAGUAUGCUGCGAAAUGCCAUGCGUUCGCGAAGGCUCUCCAUUACAAGGAACUUGAAUUCGAACAAGAUCAGAAUUCAGGAGCAGUGGAGGCACUGAUCACCAUCAACAACCAACUGCAGCAGUCUGACGCUGCCAUCGGUAUUCUCCACAAAGCCCAAGCUUACCGUGAUGUGGAGCUCAAGGAGACCUGGUUCGAAAAACUCCAGCGAUGGGAGGAAGCUCUUGCUUCUUACAAACGACGGGAAAGGAUUGACCCUGAUUCAUUUGGGGUUACGAUGGGCAAGAUGCGGUGUUUGCAUGCUCUUGGAGAGUGGAAGGUGUUGUCGGACCUUGCCCAAGAAAAGUGGAACCAAGCGUCCCUUGAACAUCGGAGAGCCAUUGCUCCUCUGGCUGCUGCCGCCGCUUGGGGUCGGGGACAAUGGGAACUGAUGGACUCGUAUCUGGGUGUCAUGAAGGAGCAGUCUCCAGAUCGAUCGUUCUUUGGCGCUAUCCUUACGAUUCAUCGGAACCAGUUCGACGAAGCGACCAUGUAUAUCGAGAAGGCACGGAACGGCCUGGACACGGAACUUUCGGCCUUGCUUGGAGAGUCGUAUAACCGUGCCUAUAACGUUGUGGUUCGCGUCCAGAUGCUGGCCGAACUUGAGGAAAUCAUUACGUACAAGCAGAACAUCGGCGAUCCUGAGAAGCAGGACGCCAUGCGCCACACCUGGAACAAACGGUUGCUUGGGUGUCAGCAGAAUGUCGAAGUGUGGCAACGCAUGCUUAAAGUUAGGGCGCUUGUCAGUUCGCCCCGCGAGAAUCUUGAUAUGUGGAUCAAAUUCGCCAACCUUUGCCGCAAAUCCAACCGUAUGGGUCUUGCAGAACGCUCUCUUCAAUCACUGGAGACGGUUGUUUCUGACGGCAACGGCACCCGCGCUAUUGCUCCUCCCGAAGUCACUUACGCUCGAUUGAAGUUCAGCUGGGCGAUGGGCCGCCAGCGCGACUCUCUAACAAUGUUGAGAGAGUUCAAUGCGAACUUGACGGAAGACUUUACGCGUUUCAAUGCUUUCCUGUUAUCGCAAACAGAUCAUGCGGUUAACGGUGUGAAUGGCAUCGUAGACGCGAAUCAUGCGGAUAUUGUUGGUCCCCGUGAACGAGUUGGUGAUGUGAACAAACUCAGGCGACUGCUCGCGAAGAGCUAUCUCAGACAAGGAGAAUGGCAGACGGCCUUGCAACGCGGUGAGUGGAGGCCAGAACUUGAUCGCGAGGUGUUGGAUGCCUACUCUGCCGCAACCAAAUACAACCGUGAUUCGUACAAGGCGUGGCAUUCCUGGGCACUGGCGAACUUUGAGGUUGUUACUACCAUUGCUAGCCAGGCCAACCGGGAGGGACAGCCGCCCGUCAUGGUUCCCCAGCAUAUUGUGACAGAGCAUGUGAUCCCUGCUAUCCGUGGCUUCCUACGGUCCAUCACGUUGUCAUCGACGUCCUCGCUGCAGGACACCUUGCGAUUGCUUACUCUUUGGUUUACCCACGGCGGCGACCAGGAUGUCAACGGCGUCGUGACAGAAGGCUUCACGACUGUGAACAUUGACACUUGGCUCGCGGUUACUCCGCAACUCAUUGCGCGGAUCAACCAGCCUAAUUUCCGAGUCCGAAGUGCCGUCCAUCGACUGCUGGCCGAAGUGGGAAAGACACACCCACAGGCGCUUGUAUAUCCAUUGACGGUUGCCAUGAAAUCAAACGUUACCAGACGGUCUCAAUCCGCCAGCAAUAUCAUGGACAAUAUGCGGCAGCAUAGCGCAAGACUGGUCGAGCAAGCCGAUCUUAUAAGCCACGAACUGAUCCGGGUUGCCGUUUUGUGGCACGAGCUUUGGCACGAAGGCUUGGAAGAAGCUUCCCGUCUUUACUUUGGCGACCACAAUGUGGAGGGAAUGUUUGCGACCCUGGCGCCGCUGCAUGACAUGCUGGAUCAGGGUGCUGAGACUCUGCGGGAGGUAUCUUUCGCGCAGGCCUUUGGACGUGAUCUUGCCGAGGCCAAACAAUACUGUAUGCUUUAUCGCGAGACUGAGGAAAUUGGUGAUCUGAACCAGGCUUGGGAUCUGUAUUACACCGUGUUCCGGAAGAUCAGCCGACAGCUGCCGCAGUUGUCCACUCUCGAUUUGAAAUAUGUUUCGCCCAAGCUUAAGGAUUGCUCGGAUCUUGAUCUGGCUGUUCCGGGAACCUAUCAGAGCGGUAGGCCCAUUAUCCGGAUCAUCAGCUUCGACCCCAUUCUACAUGUCCUUCAGACCAAGAAGCGGCCAAGACGGAUGACGCUGAAGGGCAGCGACGGAAGUUCUUACAUGUAUCUCCUUAAGGGACAUGAAGAUAUCAGACAGGACGAGCGAGUUAUGCAAUUGUUUGGCCUUGUCAACACGUUGCUUGAUAACGACGGUGAGAGUUUCAAGCGUCAUCUCUCCAUUCAGCAAUUCCCGGCCAUUCCGCUCUCGCAGAGUUCUGGUCUCCUGGGAUGGGUGUCCAACAGUGACACGUUACAUGCGCUCAUCAAGGAAUACCGAGAAAGUCGCCGCAUCCUGCUUAACAUUGAGCACCGGAUCAUGCUCCAGAUGGCGCCUGACUACGACAAUCUCACACUUAUGCAAAAGGUCGAGGUCUUUGGAUAUGCCAUGGACAAUACGACCGGAAAGGAUCUGUACCGCGUACUAUGGCUCAAGAGUAGAAGCUCAGAAGCCUGGCUCGAGCGGCGGACGAACUACACGCGCUCGCUUGGUGUCAUGUCCAUGGUCGGUUAUAUUCUCGGACUGGGUGAUCGUCACCCGUCUAACUUGCUUCUUGACCGGAUUACGGGCAAGGUGGUUCACAUUGAUUUUGGUGACUGCUUCGAGGUUGCGAUGCAUCGGGAGAAGUAUCCUGAGCGGGUGCCGUUCCGGUUGACUCGGAUGUUGACGUUCGCUAUGGAGGUCAGUAAUAUUGAGGGUAGUUAUCGGAUUACCUGUGAGGUAGUGAUGCGUGUUCUGAGGGAGAACAAGGAUUCGUUGAUGGCUGUUUUGGAAGCUUUCAUCCACGACCCCCUGAUCAACUGGCGUCUGGGAGUCCGCGAAGAACCAGACCGAAUACCAUUUGCCGCCGAACGACGACAGUCCAUGGUUGGCAAUCUCAACACGGAACACGGCGUCCAGCCCAGCAACUACUCGCGUCAACGCCGGCCAUCGAUUCUCGAGGGCGGAAUCCUAGAUGCCCAAGAAGGCAUCCCCAACGAAGCCCGGGAACUCCAGAACGCACGCGCAUUGCAGGUUCUCGCCCGCGUCAAGGAGAAGUUGACCGGCCGUGAUUUUAGGCUGUACGAGGAACUCAACGUGAGCGACCAGGUGGACAAAUUGCUGGCGCAGUCGACGAAUGUAGAGAAUAUCUGCCAGCACUGGAUCGGGUGGUGCAGUUUCUGGUAA